AUGAGCUUACUUCUGCCACUGAUCUUCGUCGUGCUCGCCGCGAGUAUUCAGCACACCACUCCGCCGUUUGAAAGCCCCUUAUCAUCCGGGACAGGUCUCCUAUCCCGAGGAGUCCUAGAUAACCAGCAAUUCAAUGUCAAUACCAACUACUAUUCUAAAACCCCUGACACAGGUGUUGUGAGAGAGUACUGGUUUGACAUCACCAAUGCCACAGCUGCCCCCGAUGGCGUCGAUAGACCCAUGAUGCUCGUCAAUGGCCAGUAUCCAGGCCCCACCGUGGAGGCAGACUGGGGAGACACCGUCAAGGUUCAUGUAAAAAACAAUUUGGAAAACAAUGGCACCAGUAUUCAUUUUCAUGGGAUCCGACAGUUUCUCAAUAACCAAAUGGAUGGCACUGUCUCGGUUACCCAGUGUCCAAUUGCCCCAGGGACAAGUUACACCUAUGCCUGGAGGGCCGAGCAGUAUGGGACAGGCUUCUAUCAUUCUCAUUUCUCUCUUCAGGCAUGGGAGGGAGUGUUUGGCGGCAUUGUGAUUCAUGGCCCUGCGACAGCUGAGUACGACGAAGACCUCGGUGUGUUGUUUCUCAAUGACUGGCCGCAUCGCACGUUCAAUGAAAUGUACAUGAACCAAAUCAGAAACCCUGCUACACCAGUGAUAGACACGGGUCUUAUUAAUAUGACCAAUGUUUGGGUCAACGGUGAUGGUGACACAGUUGGUCAAAGGUUCAAGACAGAGUUUGUCCGUGGGAAGAAGUAUCGGAUCCACCUCGUGAACGCGGCUAUGCACGCUCACUUCCGAUUCUCGAUAGACGACCAUAACCUGACGGUCAUUGCCAGUGACUUCGUGCCCAUCGUCCCAUUUACCACCAACAACAUUGCCAUCGGAAUGGGUCAGCGCUACGAUAUUAUCAUCCAAGCAGACCAAUCUGUGGAUAACUACUGGAUCAGAUCCGUUCCUCAAUCGGCCUGUUCUAAUAUCCCGACCGGUGAUAACAUCAAAGGCAUUGUUCAUUAUAUGGGGGCAGACGAUGACGGAGAUCCAAUGACUGUUAGAUGGGAUUACGGAGACGACACCCAGUGUCUGGACAGGCCAAUGUCAGACCUUGUCCCUUGGGUCUCCCUUGAUGCCAUGAUCUCCAACGCAACCAACAUUAGCGAUGCAGUCGCUCCCAUUGCUGCUGAAAACUCUGGCAUAUUCCUAUGGACCAUCGGCGGCCAGGCCUUCAACGUUUCUUGGAGGGACCCUACCCUUCAACAUUCCCCAACCACCGGUAUAAACAACACAAUCUCUGACCCAAAAGCUAUUGAACUUCCCGAAGCAAACCAAUGGGUUAUCUUCGUCAUUACCACCACCCAGGGGGUUCCACAUCCGAUCCAUCUUCAUGGGCACGACUUCUAUAUUCUCGCCCAAGGUGUCGGGCCCUUCUCCAAAAGCAUCCCCUUGCAAACCCGUAACACACCCAGACGGGACGUCGCCUUACUACCGGCUCAGAGUGACGGAGGGUAUUUGGUGAUAGCGUUUCCGACCGAUAAUCCGGGUGCCUGGCUUCUGCACUGCCAUAUGGGCUUUCACUCAUCCGCAGGUUUCGUGCAGCAGAUAGUUGAGCAGAAGACCGAGUUCUGGAGGUUUCUGAAUCCGGAGCUCUUGAGAGACACCUGUGAUGCAUGGGAUGAUUAUGCCGCUGUCAAUCCUUAUGGGGUGCAGUACAGAGGCACUAACGGGCAGUACGAGUCUGGGACGUGA